CUGCGAUGACUUAAUCGGAAGCCGUCGACGAGGUUUACCGCGAGACGACCAACUUCGCAAUUGCAAACUACGAGUCUGAGGCAGUCUUUUCAUUUUUCAAACAUCUCACGGUUUUGUGGAGAUAUGACUCUUCGAGGUACAAAGUGAGCAACAAAGGUACUUGAAAAAAUGGAGAGGACCAGCAAUGACAUGGCUCUUGUUGCUGUCGUCAAUGAAGAUUCUGUGGACAUCUACGAUGACCUUGAUCUCAACCAUUCCAGGAGUUUAGAGAAAAUCUCUCCAAAUCCUUCUCAGCUGAAAGACUCAAUGGAUCUAUACGAAGAGAUUGUAACAGAAGAACAACAGGAUAGAGAAUCAUCUUAUACUGAGUUGAAAUCCCGAUUCGAAGCAGCCCAACAGCAAAUUAAAGAGUUACACAGAAGACUUCAGAACAUGGAGAUGCAGAACACAAAGCUGAACACUGAGAACACUCACCUCAAAAAGAAUAUCUCUGCACUUUUACGGACAGCCAGACAAGAGGUUUUGCGAAAGGAUGCUGAGAUUCAAAGGCUGAAUCAGUCAUCAAACAAAGGUCAAGAUCAUCAUUCAAGAGUGAAUCAUCUUCAGGAUCAAAACUCCUCCAGUAAAACUGUCUAUAACUCCACGAGGACUCCAAAAUCUCCAACACCUAGUCCUUCCUUGCGCCCUUCUUCUCGAACAUCAUCAUCAUCAAGGGAUAGUGGUCUUCCAAAAGUUCCCCUUCAACCCCCCAGAAGAGAAAGUCACAGCCCUAACAAGGCUAGCUCCUCUUCUUCUUAUAGUCGUUCCAAACGUGGACAUGAUCUCGUGCCUGACAGACACAAUGAACAUUCUACCAGCAACUCUCUCGUCAGUUCAACCCGGCAUCAUGAGCACAAAGACAAACCAUGUCAGAAGCCUUUUGAUGCCACAGACAGAAAGCACAGAUCAAGUUCAUCUCCCAAGCGGGGCAGAUAUACAACUGAGAAAGACAGAACUCAUAAAUUAGACAAAGACUCCGGAAGAAGAUAUGACUCCAGGAAAAGCAGCGACAACAAAAAUGUCGAUGGAUAUCACAGAUCAGACAGAAGUAGAAGUCCUCCUAUAAAUAAUUUAGGUUCUUCGGAUGCUUAUAGAGGGCGAAGUGGAGAGAGGAGACACAAAAUUGAUUGUCAACACGAUGCCGAUACAGAGGACUCUCGGCGGCAUCAUAAAAAAAUGGAGACUAGUCUUAAAUGCGGCAAUUCACAAAUAGAACAUUCAAAUUCAAACGACCGGAGGAGGUCUUCUACAAAUCGUCAAACAGAAAGCUACAGUGAGUUCUCCAAAGAGAUGAAGCGGGACAGGCUUUCAAAAGAUUAUCAUUGGAAGGGAGACAAUAGGCACAGAAGUUUUUCAUCGGAGAAAAGCAGACCAGCUGAAAAUCCGCCAUCAAAAGAAUCCCACAAUGUCAAACGCAAUAAAGAAAGACAAGAAAAACAUGUGAAAACAUUAGCAAUGGAACCAGUGGAGGAAAAAACCCAAAACAGGAAACUGUGCUUCAUGGAAACACUAAAUCUAACCAUUUCACCAAUUAAAAAGCCAGUACCCAACAACACCAGCCAGGAUCGACUCACUGCAUUUGAAAAUAUGCCAGAUGAUGGCGUCCAAGCUGCUUGUGAUCAAAAUGUCAGCAAUGAAUUUAAAGGAAUAAAAACAUUACCUCCAAAUUCUAUUGACGCAGCAACUUCAGAAAUGUUGCCACUGAAAGCAAUCCAGGAAAAACACACAAGCCACAAUGACUCUUGUUUAGCUAUUCCGAAACUAGAAGGCACUUGUGUCCAAGCUAUAAAAUCCAACCAAUCCAUCGAUUCAGAAGCAAAUUUCAUGGCUACACAUCACAUACCAGAAGGGUCACUAAUAGAAAAAAAUGGAAACAAUGAGGCCAAAGCUAAAUUUAGUCCAGACACCCAAUUACAAGAUGAAACUAGUCAUGACAGCAACAUAUUUGGGAACAUUAUGAUUAACCGACCAAUCAGUCCUUUACAAAAACUAACCAGUGGAAGUCACAGAAAUCAGUGUGUUGCUAUUGCACAAUGUCCUACCUCAAUUGAAAGUUUCCAAAGACCAGGCGCACCAAAGGAUAGAUUUGUCCCUGAAGAAAUGAUCAAGAUGAAUCCUGGAGGUAAAACAUAUCAAAUUCCUCUAUCUCAGGAUUCUCAACCAGGAGCAACCAGCGAGGACGUACAUUGUGCUCAAGAUGAUUUCAGAGAUGCCGUAUCUAGUACCAUAAGUGCGGAAUCGGUUCCUCAAGAGGAGCUUAGUUUGCGUGAGGCAGUUCAUUUGAAAAAGGAUAACGGCACAUCAAUUGACUCAAGCACAUCCAUUGGCUGUAUUGCUGUGUCUAAGGUCAGCAGCACAACAGAAGAAAUUGCUUUACCAAAUGAUUAUCGUGAUCUCACUGUCACACCCAAGAAAAAGCUUCGAGCAAAAAAUCUCGCGCCUUCCACGCCGGUGCAAUUAUUUCACGACGAGGACUCCAUGAUACGAACACUUUGCCAUCUUAAGAGAAUCCCGGAUGCAAUCAGCCCAUUGAGGAGUCCAAUCCACCUGAUGAAGACAAGUCGCCACCUUCUUCAUGGAAAACCUGGGCAUGUGAAAAGCCUGCAAAAAGAGUUCUCAACUACAGUCGAUGAUCCCAACUCUAAGAAACUGGAUUUAAACAAAGAAAACAAAUAUCCAGGUUGUCCCGUAAAACAUGACAAACAGGACUCGGAUGACAAAUUAUCAGAAUUGCCUUUAAAUCAGUCUGACACUGAAGUAGAGGAAAGCGACAUUUCAAGUGGAAGUGAGGAAAUGAAGUCAUCUCUCAAUGCUACCACCAGGCAAAAUCUUUUGAAAAGAAAUUCUGAAGAAACGUGUGUUGCUUCAAAAGAAAAGACGACAACCGAAAGUGCAUCAACGCAAAGUCCAGCCAAUAAUAAGAGCCGUUUUAAAACAGUUUGCCCAUCAUUGGCCAAAGCUUCUUUUUCAACAAUAGAAGAAGUCAUGGAAAUGUUCACAUCAGUUCGGUUGGAAAUCCGUAAAAAAUACAUGAAACUUCACAAAUCCUUUCCAAAGAAGAGUUUCUUUGGUGUAAUGGAGAAUUUCAGAGAGUCAUUUGUGGAAUUUGUGGACAGUGCACAUUUCGGUCAAAUAUGUUGUCAGGCAACGGAGCUGAAAUCAAAGCUCAAAUUAUUAAUUGUGUCAGUUUUUAACAAAGUAGCAGACAAUGGGAUUGUAAAACGUAUCUUUGACCAACAAGCUGUUGAUCUGAAACAAAAAUUGUGGGUCUUUGUAGAUAAUGAAGUUGAGUUCUUGCUUAAGGAAGUUUACGUGACUCUGAAGAACCUAUGUAGACCAGGAAAAAUUUCACCUGAAGAAAAGACGUCUCGGAGCACUGAAGGACUUUUGGGAUCGCCUCAUGAGAAAAUUCAUCAAGAUUGCAACAGGAAAGAUACACUUACCUCUCUGAAACAAAUCAAACCGUUUGCCGCUCCUCAUAAAACAGGUCUUGGUAGCAGAGGGAAAGAUAUCAGACUCACUCCCACGGUCAAAGAAGGUUUUGCAAAUACAUCUAAUUCUGCCAAUCCAGGAACCGACCAUCUUUCUCCUCCAAAAAAAUCAGCUUCAGAUCAAAUGACUUCUUUGGUAGCUUCUCAAAGCACAUCCAUACUUGACAAAAGUGACUUUGAACUACUCACAGAGCAGCAAACGACCAGUUUAACGUUCAACCUGGUCAGAGAUUCUCAAAUGGGAGAAAUAUUCAAGUGUCUCUUGCAAGGAUCGGACUUACUUGAAACCACUGGAAUACCUGGAGAAAGUACAUCAUCAUGGACUCUUAGUACCCCAAAGAAAAACGGAGAGCUACUCGCCUGCGUUACAACUCCAAAUAAAUUCCAAUCUCCAUCUAAAUUAAUCCCACCAACCAAAUUUGAUACCCCCACCAAACUCAUUGCUACAUGGACAAGCAUAUCACCACGGUCCAAAGACAUGACCAGAACGAAUCCAGUUUUAUUUGACGAAAGCUGCUUGUUGGAGGUUCCGUCCGAGAAUCAAUCCAGUUUUUUGUCCCAGAGAAAUUAUUCGAUCCUAGCUGAAGAUUUGGCAGUUUCCCUUACUAUCCCAUCACCUCUGAAGUCUGACAGCCACUUGAGCUUUCUCCAACCAUCUAGCAUACAUACUCUAUCCCCUCCAGAUAGUGUCAUCAGUGCUCACAUUAGUGAAGAUGCUUUGUUAGAUGGUGAAGAUGCAUCUGAACAAGAUAUCCACCUCGCCCUUGACACGGACAACUCCAGCCUUGGAUCUAGCAACAGUGCAACCUCACAAAUAAUUGACAAUACUUUUGUGUUGAAGCCUGAAUUACCCAUGCAGGCACUCGUGAUGGAGAAGUCCAACGAUCAUUUUGUUGUGAAGAUCCGUCAGGGGAAUAUACUGACAGAUGUGAGCUUAACUCAAACAGAAGAAGAUAAUAAUAGAGAGGAAAUACAAGGAAAACACAAAAAGAUUCAAAAAGAUGAUCAUUCAUGUAAUGUAAUGCCUGCAAAAUACAGUUUUGCUGACCUUUCUGAAGACCACCUUAUAUGUCAAGAUACUUCCAGUUUUAAAGACGAUUCUUUGAGACUAAAUAAAGACCCUUCAGCUACCUCAAAAGAUGACGCUACAAACGACAACCUUGUUGCUUCUCAAAACACUACUCUGAAAAUGAAGACUUCUGAAGAAACUUUACUUGAAAGCUGCGAGCAGAAGAGCAAUGUACAUGGAAAUAAGGAGAACCCCAAUCUAUCAGUCCAAAUGGAGAAACGCAGUCAGAAUCCUCCCUGCCCAGCAGAAACUAUUAUUUCUGAUUCACAGAAAAGCACCGGUCAAGAAGUGUCAAAGGUCAGAGUCACAGAAAAAGACAAUAAGGAUUGUGAGAAAAGUAAAAAACGGAAAAAGCAACAUGAGCAAUCAAAAGCCAAGCGUUCAAGAAAGGAUGAAGAAAAUGAUACGGAAGACUUCAACUCCAAAAAUGACGUGGAAUCAAAUUCCGUUCCUUCAUCCCCAAAUAGUUUGUCUGCCAUGAACAUGAUCAAGAAAAAAGGAGCUUUGGUGAUCGCAUGGACCAGAGAUGAAGAUCGAGCCAUUCUCGUGGACCUGAAAAGAAAAGGUGCUUCACGAAAAACAUUUGCUGCCCUGUCAGAUAAACUUAAGAAACCAUCAGAACAGAUUGCUCAGAGAUUUUACCAGCUCAUGAAGCUCUUCAAGAAGCAGGGGAAUAUGAAUGAUUAAUCACCCCAAGUGUUUUGCUCGAAUUAUUUUGAGACAUUUGUAAGAUACAACAAUGACAUACACUUAUUUCUUUAGUUUCCUGUUUAUUUAAAAUGUUUGCUCAUUUUAAAUUCCUCAUAUGACUAAAGGUACAGCUCAUAAGAGUUGAAUUUAAUAGCUAAAUUCAACAAAUUAUAUACCUCAAGAAAUUGUAAAUCUGUUCAAAAUGUUUUAUAUUUUAAUUUUUGGUUAAAAAAAUUUAUUUUGUGCUUAGGUACAAGAGAAAAUCAGCGCUUCAAUAAAUUAAUCUUUUGUUGGAUUGCGUCAUCAAA